AAAUUACUAGCCGUGUCUGAACCAGCCUUAAGAGGCGACACUCUGAGAGAGAAACUACUUGUAGAGUGAGACAAAGUGAUCCUACCCAUUUAAAGGGCCAUUCGGCAAUCUUCGGUUUUGACCGUGAACAGUCGUGAGCGCGCGACAAGUUUGUACUGUGGAUUCGCGUACAUAACCUAUAUUGUGGAAACUUCUUUGUUAGAAUGCUCCAAAAAGCAAGAGUUUAUGGCAUUUCAGACCGUCCUGAACCGGGAAUUUCCGUACUUACCUGGCAGGUACCAGGUAGAUACGAAGUGCACUGUGGCUUGGUCAUUUCUGUUGGAAACGUACAACCGUGAGCAUUUUUUAAAUAUCAACAUGAGUGCUCCAAAACGAAGUGGAGUUUCAUGCUCUUACAAAAAUUGUACAGCAAGAUUCAAUCGAGGAGGGGAAGGAGUACAUUUUUUUAGAUUUCUUAAGAAUGGAGACUUAUGCAAGCUCUGGCUUCAGGCAUGUGGUAGAGAAGAUCUUCCGUCUUUGGAAUAUCAACACUACCACAAGACCCGCAGAGUAUGUAGUAACCAUUUCGAAAAGAAAAUGUACAUGGGUCCUUCCAAGUCCAGGUUAUUACCAACAGCAGUUCCAAAGCAGAUUGAGUCUGAUACAAAUAUUCAAGAAGAGAGCGGUAAUAAUCCUGAGUUUCAGCCUCCAGCAAAAAUUCGUGUCGUAGACAUAGCAGCAAUUUCAGGUCCAUCUCAUCAGGGAAACAUUACAUCAAUCGGCUUUGAUGCGUGUUCAGACGCCAGCAUCGAUAUCUGCAGGGACACCGAGGCAGCGUAAGCUUGAGAAUGAAAUUUCUAAUUUAGAACGCGAGAAUUUAGAGCUAAAAGCGGAAGUGUUAGAACUUGGAAAUAAUGAGUCUAGUUUAAGUACGUUUCAGGGUUUAUGCAAAAUAUUUUUAUCCCCCAAAAUAAUUAAUUUUGUUAAUAUGCAAGUUAUUCAAAAUAAUAGAAAUGUUCACGGUAGGCGUUAUACGGAAGAUUUUAAAAAGUUCGCAAUAUCAUUGUAUUUUGUUGGGCCAAAAUAUUAUCGGCAAUUUUUAUGGUGCACUAAGAAAUCCAGAAGCAUCUUUUUACAAUCAUUUAUUUACUUUAGAAAACAUCUUUUUUUCAAACGCACAUUCUAUUUUACCUCGCACCCAUGUAGGGAAAAAUAUGUAUGAUUUAUGUAGAAAUGUUACUGGUUUUAUUCACCCUUGCGACAAUUUUCCUUUACAAUAUUUAUUAAAGUUAUUUAUUAGAUUAAGAAUUUAUUAUACUCUUACAUACAGCAAUAGGGAUUUUAAAACUUGUAUUAGAAAAGAUAGGAAACUUCAUAUUGUAUUAAAUUUGUAAAUUUAUGUUCAAAUAUAUCAUCCGAAACCUUUCCUCCUACUAUUGUAUAAUUGUAUAAUUUAUGUUGAAAUAUAUCAUCCGAAACCUUCCCUCCUACUAUUGUAUAAUUGUGUAAUGUAUGUUCAAAUAUAUUUUCGAGAACCUUCCCAAAUCUUAUUGUAUAAUUGUGUUAUUUAUGUUCAAAUAUAUUUUCUAAUACUAUCA